AUGAAAUUUUCACAUUUGACAACAAAAGACUUCAUCGAUCUUCUCAAACAAUCAGAUCCUACAAUCAAAGCAAGCGAGUUAUACAAAUGCACUCGAAAUGCAAAUAUUUCUAUUCAAAAUUUCGAAGAAGUUGUUUCAAUUCUUAAAUCAAUCAAGAAAUACAUGAAACUUGGAAUACUUGAUAGUGUUAUUGACUUCUUAAUGCAAACGCAAAACGAAAUACCUAAUUCUACAAAGAAAAUCCAACAACUUCAAACAGAUUUGAAUUCAAAUCAAAAUCAACCCCCAAAAAGUGACAAAGAAACAAAAGUUGAACAGAUUAAAGAAAAAAGCUAUAAUGAGAAUGAAAUUCUAUCAAAAAUAUCAGAACUUAAGGAAUCAGAUGAUUUCGAAAGUAUCUACAAUUUUCUUGAUGAACUUUCAUCUCAAGGCAAUCAAAAGAUGAUUUCAAAAUCAUGUGAAGAAGAACUUUGGAAAAAGAUAGCUCUUAAAAAAGAUAAAUAUGAUGAAGAAAAGAAUGUCCUUCAUGUUGCAUGUGAAAAAGGAAUUCUCAGACUUGUUAAAUCUCUUAUUGAUUGUGGUUGUGAUAAAGAAACAAGAACUUACUAUAAAUGUACUCCGCUCAUUUUGGCAUCAAGAGAAGGUCAUCUUGAAGUUGUUCAAUAUCUUAUCUCUGUUGGUGCUGAUAAAGAAGCAAAGAAUGAUUUGGGAUAUACCCCACUCAUUUAUGCAUCAGGACUUGGUCGUCUUGAAACUGUUAAAUGUCUUAUCUCUGUUGGAGCUGAUAAAGAAGCAAAGAAUAAAUAUGAAAAUACUCCACUCAUUAAAGCAUCAGAAAAUGGUCAUCUUGAAGUUGUUAAAUAUCUUAUCUCUAUUGGAGCUUAUAAAGAAGCAAAGAAUUAUUGGGGAUAUACUCCACUCAUUUAUGCAUCAAGAAAUGGCCAUCUUGAAGUUGUUAAAUAUCUUAUCUCUGUUGGAGCUGAUAAAGAAGCAAAGGAUAGCUAUAAAUAUACUCCACUCAUUUGGGCAUCAAGAGGAGGUCAUCUUGAAGUUGUUAAAUAUCUUAUCUCUGUUGGAGCUGAUAAAGAAGCAAAGGAUAGCUAUAAAUAUACUCCACUCAUUUGGGCAUCAAGAGGAGGUCAUCUUGAAGUUGUUAAAUAUCUUAUCUCUGUUGGAGCUGAUAAAGAAGCAAAGAAUAAUCGGGGAUAUACUCCACUCAUUUCUGCAUCAAGUCAAGGUCGUCUUGAAGUUGUUAGAUAUCUUAUCUCUGUUGGAGCUGAUAAAGAAGCAAUUAAUAAAGAUGGAAAAACGGCAUUGGAUCAAAAAUUAAUUUCAAAAUUUUGA